AACAUUGUCAACACAAUUGAUUUUCCCUUUUUACGUUUUGCAUUUGCCUCUUCUGCGAUUGUAAUUCAGAUUGAAAACAUUGAUAGUUAUGCUUGAUUUGCCUUUUUUGAACACCGGCUGACACCGAAGCAGCCAUGAACGUGUUGGAGAAGGCCGAAAAGGCUUUGGAAUAUUUGAAAAACAACGAAGGUGCAGCGAAGAGUCAUGAGCUGCAGACAGCGGCUGGGACCUUGGGCCGGUGUCUAGGAGCGCUAGGGAGCCGCCCGAAUUGCGCUAGACACUAUGCAAAUUUGUUGCACACGGCGAUACCCACAUUGCUAUCUUUGGCAAGCAAUGACAGUGCAGAAGUACGUCUAGUUGGUGAUGAGGCACUGAACAGAGCUGUGGUGGGUGGUUUUGCGUUUCACUCGCACAAAACCAACAUUAUACUGCAGAAUCAGAUUGACACUACAAGAAAUGCAAGAUGGAUACGCGCAGCUCUGUCCCGUGUUUGUCUCGGCGACUGCUGGCUCCGUCCCGGGCCGGGCAAGAUCAGGUCCCAAGCGCAGACUCUGUUCCCGAAACUCAGCCAAAUAGUCAGGCAGACAAGCGAAAUACAACUAAUAGUGGAAGCGCUAGAGAGCAGUUUGCCUCGCAUACUCAUUGCUUUGGCUGAGUAUACCACUGAUGAGGAGAUCUCAGAGUUGUCAAAGGCGCUUCUCUCCCACGCCGAGUCGUCGGAACCUGCGGUGCGGCGUGGCGUUUCGGCGUGCGUAGCGCAGUUAUGUGCGAAUAGGGAACCAUUGCUCACAAAUGUACUGGCCAGAGUUUUCGAGAAACUCUGGCCAACUUCGACUGAUAACGCGACAGUGAUGGGCUGGUUUUGCGUGAUCAAAGCCAUAUUCCAACUGAACGACAUAACCAAGUUCACUGAAAACGAACUGUUCACUGUACACGAUUAUUUGGAGCUAUACAACCUCUGCAUCCACUACAUAGAACAGACCACAAACGACCACAACAUCCAGAAUGCAGUCUUGGAAUGCCUCAUGACCAUACUAUCUCAGGCUACUGGCGAGUACAGGAAGGCUUUGUUGGAAAAACACCCGAUUCUCGUCAAUUUAGACCAGAGACAAACGGAUAAAGGGCACAGGAGGAAUAUUAGUUCAACCAGCAUAAUAUCAACUCGCUACGUGCCCAGUCCAUCGUCAGAGCCAAGAGAUCAGAUGGAACUGUCCUUCAGAGGAGAACUACAGCUGGGAAGCUUGCUACAGUUGAAUACGCCGAGUUUCAGCGUUGAGGACUUGAGUAUACAGACACCAGACUCCCCAGCAAGCGAAAACGACAUACCGAUACCGUCAGCAGAUCAACUAUCUAAAGAUCUGACGGAGAAACUCCAGGAAUUCGAGGAGUAUGAGAAGGAAAGUGACCAGGGUGACGCGGUCGAGCAAGUCAUGGGAGGAGCUGGAUUCAAGAUAAACAUUGGUGCGUCUACUGAUGAGGACGUGCCUCUGAAAUACUGUUCCAGACUGCUCGCCUCCAAGUACUUGCUGGCUGGAAACAAAGGCGAUCUUAUACAUGACCGGACUGUAAGAGUGUCAGUGAAGUCAUCAGCAUUGAAUUGUCUAUCAGAAAUACUCAGGCUGUUUCCUCAAGCUAUGACCAUGUACUUGGACAAGGAUGCCGAUAUCAAAACCCACAAUAUUUCUGGAUCGUCAGAAGGCACAGACUCCAACCAAGACCACAUAAACGACUUCAUCUUAGAACGAAACGUGUGCUACCAAGAUUCCUUAACUGAUUCCCUUAGCCAAGACCUACUCAACCGAAGCUGUGAUUCUUCCCAACCCAUCUCAAAAAAGGAAUCAAAAUCAUUAGAGAAAUCUCAAGACAGCUUAGAACCGAAAAGCUCUUCCAAAGAUGUCCAAAGCGCGAUCCUGGAUAGCAAAGUGUACGCGAAAAACGACCUUGGUGCAAGCGAAAUAAGCGCUGAUAGUACCAACCCCAACAUGACCAAUAGCAAUUUCACAACGAAUUCAAAUAUGACUGGUAGCAACACAGGCUAUCCCAUGUCGAGCAGUGGAGAUAUACUGUCUUCUAGCAUAGAUUUGGACAUGAAAUUCGACCAUUUCGGCGAAUCGACAACUAAUUUGGACAACCUUGACGCGUUUAGGGAUUUGGAAAAGAGAGAGGAAAGGUCUAAAAGACCGUUACAGAGAACAGAUGAAGUUCAUAGUAAAGAUGCUCCAGAAAUGGUGGAUAAAAGUGUCGAUGCCAAAAGCGAGACGAUGGAUAGCAAGGAGUUUGAAUUUCAGCACAUGAGUGAUAUUAUUGUUUUGUUAGAGGGUCAUAAUGACCCCCAAAUUAGGGGGUUGGUGAGGGUCUGUAUAGGGAGCUACUUGACUGCAGCCUUGGAGAUAUCCCAUGGCGAUUACCAUCGGUGGAGGAAUUUUAGUGUACUACCGAAGGAUGUGAGCGAGAAUAUUUGUACGGAGAAGCUGGUUGGGAUUGUGUUGAAGGGCCUCUCCGACGAGAUUCACUCCACAGUGAACCACACGCUGUCCAGCCUGACUACUAUGGCCACGGCUUUAUGCAACAGUGUGCACUGGCCUUUAGUCGUGGAAGCCCUCAAUACGCUGGACAGUGUAGAGAGCAAUAGCUACUGGCUGUGUAGGGUGAAUCUGUGUAGGCUGUACGAGAAACUGCCUUAUCAGAAAUUGUUUAUGCUCUACCCAAACUACCGGAAGAAAAGCAAACUUAUAAUGGACACAUUGAUACGCCUGUUAGCUGACCAAGAUCAAAAAGUGAGGGAUGCGGCGUCACAGACUAUUGCCAAGAUAAUCCCAAAAAUCUUCCCGCCCGCCCGCGAAACGCCCACAUCAAUGGCCGCCGAAAUAGCGAAGCAGCACAGCAAGAAAUUCAUCUUCGACCAUAGACAACUGUCUCUAGAAUUGGUCAGAGAUAUGUACUUCUACAACGACUUGCCGGAUCAAUUCCGAGGGGGGGAGAUGUUAGAAUCGGUAGAUGGACUGAGGAGUGUAGUGGGGGAGUUGGUGGGAAGACUAAUGACUGCUAAUUGUAAAUAUUACUCGCAAGGUCUCAUGGACACACUCAAAGCGGUCUGCUCUCUCUGGUCUCCGUGGAGCAACCCGGACGCGUACUCCUCGCAGGGGCUGCUGGGCUACUGCCUGGACAGCCUGGCCUGCUGCGACGCCGCCGUCGCCGCGCGGGCCGCCGCGCUGGCCCUGUGCGCCUUCAUGUACCCAGUUGAAAUCCACAACAUAAUGAAACACAAGACAACCAACCGCGACAUCUUCGAGCGCGACUCCCAAAACGUCAGAGAGAGAUGGCAACACCUCGAGAGCGAGAAAGUUGCAAACUUAGCCGAGAAGUUUCUGCAAGUUACUCUGAAGAUGUUAAACGUGUUGGUGCAUUUGAUAGAGGAAGUUAACCCUAAUGUCCACUUGAAUAAGGGUGGGAUCGCCUUGCCUGGUAGUCCGGUGAGGCGGAAAACUCAAGAUUCGAUUCCCCGCAAGAGCAGUAACGCGUCUGACGUAGACGACAAGGGUGCCCUACGGAAGAAGGCACCCCUGCCCGCCAACAGUUUGCGGGCCAACUUCGCGGGACAUUUCUAUACGGACCCCUUCUAUAUGCGGUUCUAUGACAACUUGAGGGCUGCUUACUCUAAUCACAAGAUAAACUUAGACCCGAAAAGCAGUAUGUUCCACCAAUUCCUGACGACAGUACUCAACUGCCUUGCCGUCCAACUAGAGUUAGCGACCGAAAAAGAAUUCGGGAACGUGACCGAAGAAAUACUAUACUACCUCAAAGUCAUCAUCCCAUUAUCACCAGAAAAAUCCGUCUACUGCGUCACACAGCUACUAAAAUGCUUAUUCGGCACAAAUAUGAUCAACCAGUAUGUAGAUUUUCAAACUAUAGCUGACAAGAUUGAAAUAAAUAAGAAGACAAGUUUCUACCAUGACGUCAUGUUGGUGAAUGACUUUCAUAUACCGGAUAAAGAAUCCCGAAGAAGCAGUAUAAGUUCUAAUGCUAGUCAGAAGUUGUCUUUGGACAGUAAGAAUCCCAGGAUGGUAGCUGAAAGGCAAUUGCUGAUCAGUAUGGAGAAUUUCAUGAAGAACAAAACUGACAGGAAAUGGAGCACUAAUAAAAAGGAGUUGGAGAGGUAUAUACGGCUGUUUGAGCCGGUCGUUAUACAGUCUUUGAAGAGCUACACGAUGCAAAACGACAUACCCCUCCAGUGCAAAGUGUUGUGCCUCCUCAACCAGCUGUUGACUUUAAGAGUCAACUACUGCAUGCUGGAUAGCGACCAGGUGUUCAUCGGCUUCCUGCUGAAACAGCUGGACUUGAUCGAGCAGCAUGAGAUCCCGAACUGUUGCGACCUCGUCAAUAGCAUCUUGACAUUCUUGGUACAACUGUCUUCCUCCAAGCAUCAUACGAAGCAAAUUAUUGAGAUACCAAAGCUGAUACAACUAUGCGAUGGCUUGAUGGCGUCUGGCGCUCAUGCCGAAUGCAUCGCUGGUUUGGAGCCUGUCGCGGUCAAAGUAUUCAGUAAUAUGGGAGGUACGAGUAUAUUGGGGAGGGCGCAACAGCAAGAGGCACAGGCGACUAGAGAGGUGUUGUUUUACAUGUUGCAGAAGACCAUGCAUCAGAGAAAGGUAUUAGACCUGGUUUCCUGCGUGCUGUCUCUCUCUCAAGAGCACCCGGAGUCCUACUACAGAUGGUCGGAGCUGGCCUGUGACACUCUCCUUAAUCUAUUGAACCAGAGAUCGGUGGAGCUAGACAGUUUUGAAGCCAUAUCUUCAUUGGAGAGACUCAUAGACUCAGUGUACAGAGAUGUGCUGUUAGAACAGAGUAGAGUCGAGUUGUUACUGAAGAUAUUGUUCAAAGCGCCCCCUGAGCAGGCCACCACACCCUACAAACUGAAACUGCGGUACCUCUCAAUAAUAAUGGUGCUACUGCGAAAAGUGUUAAUACUCAUUCCCGAAAGCGAGAUCCUCCUAUCGAUUAACUACUUAAAAGCCACGUGUAUAUCUCCUCACUCCAUAUUCUUUAACGUGAAACAGGAUUCUGACCCUUUAAACGUCCAAAACGUCAACGAAAACUGCGCAAACUUGUCACCAGAUGUGGUACUUGUUAGAUUCUUGUUCAAAACAUUGACAUACGCGAUCAUAGAGAUGGAUUGCUGUCAUGAGGCGAGCUGCGCCGAUUUGGACCGUAAAGAUAUGAGCGAUAAAGGACAGAAUCACAGUUUGCUGUAUGCAGUCUGCGUGAAUAUUAUUGUGCAAGUGAAGCAUAUGCUGCAUUUGACAAACGGCUGCCUCUUCCCUCUAACAGCGAAAAUAGCACAGAAUCUCCUUCACAACGAACAAAGCGGACUUAACACCGGCUUGUACAGUCCAGAAGAGAACAUACCUUUGGAUUUGCUUAAUUUGAUCUGCCUUAGAGCCGCGCACCGCGCGCCGCUGCUGACUGUACACUGGUCGCACUUGUUGAUAAGAUUAAACUUCCUUUCACACAAGUACUGGCAAAAACUGAUCGGCUACGCCCGCAAUUUGCCUCUCAGUGCGCGAAGCGGAGAUACGGGCUUACUGUGCGCUGACAUACUGCAGAUAGCGUGCGUCAUGGCUUACUGCGAGUACUUUGUAGAAAACGGCCUAACCGAAGCCAUCCACCUAACGUGGUUACUAGUCAACCGCGUACACAUUCUAGUCAGCCAGUACCGGGAAGACAUCAUACAGAACUUGAUAGGCAAGGUGCAGCAGAUUGGCGGCGCCUCUGGUUUGCUACUGCAAGCGGUCGCAGCGAGGUGCCAGAGCUGUUUGAAGGACGAGUUUGCUCUAAACACUUACAAAAUGCUAUCACUAUGCCAUGAAAGUCAAUCGGGGGCGUUAGUGUUCUUGAUAUGUCGGAUUAUUGGGAAACUGGAACCGGCGAUAGCAAUGAGAUUCGCAAAACUGGCAGAAGAAAGGUGUAAAAUGUUGAAAGAGUUGCCAGUGGAGAAAAUAAACGUUCAGUUGUCCAAAGAAGACGUGCAAGUUGCGCUUGAGUUGCUGCAGAGAGACAAAGUUCAUGUGCGAUACUCAACCUUAGUAAAGGAGUUGAAUUCUCUAGCGUCGAGUGUGCACGAUUUAUCUCCCCUAGAUUUAUCUCAAGACAGAGCCAUCAACCCCCAACACAUAUUGACUACCAAUGUGGAUAGCAACUGGUUGCUGAAUCAAGUUAAAAGCAGGUGCUGUCAAAUCCACUGUUCCUCACCCAAAGUAGCAAAACACAAUGAGUUAGCACACUUACUGUCAAACCUGUCAAAAGAGGAUCUGACAACUGUAGUGUCAUGUCCAGAAUUCGACAGGAAACUGCUAAACCCCUGUUUCAAAGUCGCAUGCGACAAUUUUAUACGCGAAUUCCUAAAUGUGGUAUCUGUUCAAGAAAGUAGAGAAGCAGAAAGGGACAAAAUAAGACACCAGAGGAAAAUGUCUAAGAGAAAAGAAGAAAUGACGUCAUCUAUUGAUAGUAACAAACUCAAUGUAGUCAAUACGCUGCAUGUGUUCAAAAAGAGCGACAAUAAAGAGUCGAAAUCGCAAUUCUUUAUUCCAAUAACAGACGACGAAGUCAAAGAGAAGUUUGGGAAUCUCCAGCUAUCUGAUGAUGAAGUGGAUUUCGUUCCUCCAGAGAUUCCUUAUCUGUUUCAAGUGUCAGUCGCGGCAUUUGACAAGUGUUUGACAGACGUGAUUAGACUGUUUCCAAAGCAAAACAGACCUAUGAGUCAGUCAGAGAACUUCAAUUUAAAUGUAGAACUAACCAUAGAUAGAUAUACCAGACGCUGCCACCAAGUUUUCCAAGACAAACUAUUUUAUCAAGAAUUUGUGAUACUCCAAACCAUUAUGUCUGGUUUCCUGAGUUCUCUAGAUAGAAUGAUAAGCAUUAUAGAUGAGACCGAUUGUGAUUUACUAGAGAAAUGCAUAGAAAACAUUCUACCGUCCGGUCUAGCGAAGAACAUUUCUACAUUUUGCGUUAUAUCAUUACAGUAUUUAUCCUUUUUGAUUAAGAAUAAAAAAGUCGUCGAAAGUCCCGUGCCUACUGACGUUUCUUUCCGAGUGCCGGCUGUGGUGACAGAUAACGUCAUAGUCGACAACGUCAUUCAGAUAGUCAUGGAUAAUGUGGCGAAGGCGUUGACGUUUGAAGAGAUUUGGACGGAGUUGAAUACGGAAGGGAAUGUGAAUAGGACGCAGUCGGCUAUCAGUUGCUUGUAUGCUGUCGUCAAGUAUUUAGUUAAGGACACAAGACCGCUAGUCCUCAAGCAGUUCAUCCAGCACCAAGAUUCCGGUCCUCAGCCGGAUCUGAUCAUAGUGGGCGACAAACUGGUCACGUUGAUUGACUACUGGGAGCAUAAGAGGAACGACGGGUGCAUAGCAAAGUGUUACAGAUGGCCGAUUGAGAGCUUGCUCGUUAGUUUGUCGAGGUUAGACAUAGUAAGCAACAUAGCCCUUAUCCCACCUAUAGCGUGGUCAUCCGUCGAGGUGGUGUCCAAAAACGACCAGAUUCAAAGGAUAGACCUGCCGCUCCAAGCGCUGCAAGAUAUGGACGUUUUGGAGGCGUUUUUGUACAGAGCGAACCUAAUAGGCUGGUCUUCCAAGAAACAAUUCGAAGAGAUGUGGGUAGGCCUGGCAGGCGCAUUACAAGGCAACGGGCCGCACUGGGCCGUGCGCGGCCUGGCGCAGUUGCUACGCGGCGCCGCGCCCGCGCCCAGGGGCCGCGCGCUACACGUGCCCAGACGCGCGCACAGUAUUACUAGCGGAAUGCAGCGUCUCCGGAACAUCUUGGUCGGCACAUCGGCAUACAAGAUCUUCGAUGAAGUGAACUUGGAAAGGAUACCACUGAUCAACGAUGGAUAUGAGGGGCAUCACUAUGCGCAGUUCAGUAUGGAGUAUCUUAAAGCUGCUGCAGGUAUAACCAACCAAGCAUCCUUCAAAGUGCGUCAAGAACUGAAGAGAUUAAAGAGGAAUAAAGAUAUUGACGUGAACAGCUGCCUGCAACUACUUAUGGACGUGACUUCACAGAUGUUGGAGCCAAAAGCGCCUACAGGCACUUGCGCAAGAGUGGCGCUGCUAUCGUCUAUAGCUAACGUGGCGUCAGCAGGGGCUUUCUCAACGCCCGCCCAAUGGUGGUGGGCCGGCACUCUCGUCGCCUCUGCUACAGGAGCUGCGCACGCGUCGCUAGCCCAGUACAGUUGCGCCGCUCGCGCGUUGUUACACGCGUUAUCGCUGUGUCUCGCUGCCCUCACAGCAGACGUCGACGCCGAAACUGACGUGGCCUCGCCCAUACAGGAGUUAUCAACAGUCCACCAGAAGCUGAUCAAAUCCCUAUCAUCGUCGUACGCUCCGCUAAGACACGCGGCUCUUCAAGGCUGUUUACUACAAGCAUCAGGCGGACGGCUUCAAGGCGCGUCGCAUAAAGAAUUGCUCGCCCAGUUAUCGGUCGCGGUUAGGCACUACUUAGCGCCGAAUGCGAAAAUAUCUCUAUACGAACAAAGCCUAUACUGGACGGUUUUGUUCACUCUCAUCGAGUUAGGACACCCUGACUUGAUCAACAUGGCCGUGGACUUCGUGUUGCUACACCCGAGGCAUUAUUGCACGGAUCUGGUAGUCAGGGGUAUUACCACAACAAUUCGCCAACAAGUGCUACCCAAAGACCUGAAGAACUCGGUCAUAGAGAAACUACUGGAUAACAUGAAGAGCUACUGUGAACACCACGCGAUACAGAUAUUGUUGGUGCACCUAUUCACAGCGGACAGCAAACUCCUCAGUCCAAAACUGACAUCUGACGUAUCCAACAUGGAUCCUGACGUCCUCAUGAACUCUAUGGAGCGCAUAACCCUCCUCUACAAAGUCCUCCGUCAAUGCAAAGAGAGAGAGAGCAAGAAAAUUGUCUCUACAACCAUCAAAUACUUCCUAAGAGAGACUUUACCGCCCGCAGCGACUUUGAGUAGAGUGGUCAUAGAGUUUAUAGAAAGUUGCAAAGAGACUGAAAAAAUAGAGGUGGGGAUAGUGGGCGAGAGAGACAGAUGGAUCGACUGCUCGGUGCUGAAUGCUGAAAUCGUUUUUGAGGUGUUCGAAACAGCUGUAACUCAAGACCAACUGCCAGUGCUAAGCGGUUGGAUCUUCGAAGCCCUCUGCCACUUACUCACAGGAAAGAUAUCCUUAGAACUCUUACCAUACUGCCUCCUAACCUUACUAGUUUCAGCCAGUUCAAACCAGUUCAUCAGAAAGACUUCCCCACUAGCAUACCAUAUUCUAAAGCUAGGCUUCCACAAAUGCGGGGAGAGGGGGAAUAUUUGGGGUAUUUUUAGGGACUUUUUGAAGCAAAACGGGGUGACCAUGUCGUUCUCGGAUCGUAGGAUGUUGUGUGUGGUGGCCACGCAGUCGAAUUUUAGCGGAUCUCAAUUGGAGCGGUUGAGAGAGUUGUGUAAAGAAAUGGGAUGCUUGAGUGAUGUGACGCAAUGCUUGGCGGCUUAAUGUGAAACUUGUUGUGGUAUUUGAUGACAGUUUUCACUGACAAGCUCCUAAAUAUAAGGAACACCUACAGAAAUUAAUGGAAAUUGGAUUUCGCCAACGUUUAGAUGUCACCAGUGACAUUGUAGUUUCUAAAGCCCAUUCACGCCAUAGAAAUGAAGAAGUAGUUAAGUAACACCUAGUAUGGUGAAAUUUUUAGGGACUACAUAGUCUAGCUCUAGGGGAUACCUACUUAGGAGUAGGGGCUUGUCGGUAAAAACGGGGUUCAGUGUUAUUAGAAAUUGGAUAUAAUGAUAUAAGGCAAGGUGUUCAUUAUUUGCGAAGUCAGUUAAAACGAAAACUAGUGCGUUGUGUAAAUCUUUCAAAGUGACGGUUGAAACUCGAUUCAAUUUCAAGAAUAAAUUGAAGCUUUUGACCUCUGGAUAAAAUCUGUGACAGAGAUUGAUGAUUUUUCGAAAAACGAUCUUGUUUUAAAUAUUUAAAAUUGUAUUAAUUAAAAAUAAAGUUAUAAUGAUUUCGCAUAGUAGGCAUUACGUUCGGUAAACAAAAUUAAAUGUAUCGAUAGAGAGAAAAUAUGUUUCUGAAUGAAAGUAAUUACUGCAAUAAAGAUGAUUUUUCUUAAUCGGCAGAUUUCAGAAAAAAAAACAACAAUUUUUAACUACGUUUAAAGUUUAAAAAGUCACCAUCAAGUUAGGGUUUUAAUUAGAAAUAGAUUAAAAAGUUACCAUGAAAGGAAUUUGUAGAAGAUUUUAGUACAAACUUUAAAAAAGUUCAUUAGGUAAAAUUAAUUAGGAGGGAUUCAAACUUUUUGGGGGUAAGAAAUUAUAUUCUUUUAACGUUUUGUAGUCAAGACAUCUUCCGUACGAUGUAGUAAGGUCACUCGCUUUUUGCGCUAUUGUGAACACGUGUAAUUUGUAAGAAGUAGUUUAUUUUAAAAAAUCCACGCUACAGGUGAGAAUACAACCCACGACCUUUCGCUUACCGGGUGAUUCAAUGAGAUUUUUGCAAGAUAAAGAGAAUGUUAUACAGGGUGUUAGGUAAAUGGGUAUAUGAGCAGACACUAGCCCAUGUUAACAUAUGCAUAUAAGUGGU